AGACAUCAGCGGGCGCUUUUUGUGCCAGAUCGGACCUACCUGCACUUUGCAGUUUUUGAUUUAUGAAUUACUAUUACUGUUGAUUAUUAUCAUAAUUGUUUAUGAAUUCUACAUCUUCAGGAACCUUUGUAUUUUUAGUACGAGGCAUAUGUUUUUUUACCAUGGAAAUCCGCUGAAUGAUGAAAAUUAGUACUUCUAGCUUUUUUGUUGUGAAGGCCAAAAGUGCUCUGGCUCGACUGGCUGUUUUCAGCAUCUUUGCACUUUACUUAGUCUUUACUUAUUGGUUUUACUGCGUACUUCAAAUGGGUGAUGGUUCCUGAAUCCUGCAGUAUUUCAAAUUACUUACCAUGGACGCUAAAUUGUUGAACACCAUCCGAGGUGAAAUUGAAGCUGAAGUUGCAAAACAAGUUGCAAAGCAGCUCGCAGCCCAUCAGGCACGAAUUGCAGCAUUGGAAACUGAAAUAAGUCUUUUGAAGAAACGCUUCACCCAAGAGAAUCCGAGUUCUUCGGAGAGUAUUCGCAAAUCUUCUCCCGCUCCGUGGUUCUCCGACACGUCCCCACAGCUUCAGGAUGACGAUGCUUUUGGUCAUGAGAUUCGAGAGGAAUCCCCUGACACGGCCAACGAAAAUAAUGUAUGGCGCCAGUCGGACAACGAUUUGUUAGCUGAUUUUGAGGAUGAGAUGGACUACAGCGAGCCUGCGAAACCCAUGAUGACGUCCGUGCUUGCUAGACCGAAAAGCCCCUUGAAACCCGUGCAAUUGUCCCGUGCAAAUUCGGACAUUCAUGUGUCCUUUGGUAGUACGUUGUCUUCGACGUGCACCACAUGGAAUAGGCCUGUAUCAACGGGAUCGUCUAAACCAGAUACGAAUGUGAGCACUAAUGGCACCAUGUCCAGGAUGUCGUACACAUCAUCUGGUUAUGCAUCGUCUUUCCCAUCUACUGUCUCAAGCAACAACACUAACUCCACACCUAUAUCGGCGUCAGAUAUUUCCGAUAUGCCGCCCACUCCUCAUGAAGAGGAAUGGCUUCCUUGGGACGGAAUGGAUGGUAUCGACAUGAACGAUUACGAUGGUGCCCGUUUUGAACCCUCAUCUCCCGCUCCGAAUCCCCCUCCACCACCUUUAGCAUCCGUUGACCGCCGUCUUAGUGUCAUCACGCUGUCGGAGUCACCUUUACACAGGACCCCGGCUCCUCUUUCAUGCAAGACAAUAUUUGUCUCUCCGAGUCCCGAGACAUCACCGCAGAAGCCGAAUGGACCGGCGGCUGUCCUUCCCAGUCCCCUCUCUCGGCCGGAUACAUCGGUGUCAGUUCUGAACACCUCUCUGCUAUCUCAGCACGGUAAAUUUAAAGGCAAUUUCCGUGAUGACGGCUCAUCUGGGCGCUACGAGAAGGACUUCAGUCACACGCCGAAAAUGCGUGCGGUCUUCAAGGCCACUUUUGGACUGCGUACAUUCCGCACCAAUCAACUGCAGGCUGUCAAUGCGGCCUGCCUAGGCGAGGACUGCUUUAUUCUGAUGCCAACCGGUGGCGGGAAGAGUCUAUGUUAUCAGCUGCCGGCGCUGGUCAGCGGUGGGGUGACCGUCGUGGUCUCGCCGUUGAAAUCGUUGAUUCAAGAUCAAGUGCACCAUCUCAGUGUGCUGCGGAUCAACGCCAAGGCUCUCUCUUCCGACACACCCAGCGGCGAGCAGAACGAGAUUUAUCAGGAUCUUAACAGCCCCAAACCGAAGAUCGCUUUGUUGUAUUUAACACCGGAAAAACUUUCAGAGAAGUAUGGUGCCAAGAUCCGUGCGGCACUGAUGACGGCGCAUGGGAAUGGUCAGCUGACGCGGUUUGUCAUCGAUGAAGCGCACUGUGUCUCGCAGUGGGGACAUGAUUUUCGACCGGAGUAUAAACAAUUGUGUGGUUUGCGCACACUGUUCCCCGCUGUGCCCAUGAUGGCGUUAACCGCCACAGCCAGUCCGCGUGUACGCGAGGAUAUCUUGAAACAGUUGGGAAUGAAGAAUCCAAAGUGGUUUAUGCAGAGUUUCAAUCGGACCAACUUGAAGUACGAAAUUCAGAAUAAAAAUCCGAAGGCGGCGUUUGACCAGAUGGUGAAACUGAUGCAGGACGAGUUUAAGAACGCAUCGGGAAUCAUCUACUGUUUAGCGCAGCGAGAUUGCGAGACAUUGGCGAAUCAGUUAUCGAAUCAGGGCAUUAAUGCGGUACCCUAUCAUGCUGGACUGGACAAAGAUUUACGCGCGGAGACCCAGCGAAAUUGGAUGCGCAAUACAACGCGUGUUGUGUGCGCCACCAUUGCAUUUGGUAUGGGUAUCGACAAACCAGAUGUGCGCUUUGUGUUCCAUUACUCCAUUCCGAAAUCAGUGGAAGGCUAUUAUCAGGAAACCGGCCGCGCUGGUCGUGAUGGGAAAAGCGCAACGUGUAUCCUGUUCUACAAUUACAACGAUGUUUCCCGGCACCGCAAGUUGGUGGAGAAAGACAAGGGCGGAACUGCCCAAACCAAACAAGUUCACCUGGACAAUUUGAAACGCGUUGUGCAGUUCUGUGAAACCCGCGCCGACUGUCGACGCACCAUGUUAAUGGAAUACUUUGGCGAGGUCUUCGACCGGAAGUUGUGUGCGCAGAGCAAAUAUCCGUGUGAUAAUUGCGAGAUGCAGGAUCGCUAUCACUCCAAGGAUGUAACCGAAGAAGCUAAAAAAGUCAUCAAAUGUCUGAUGAAUUAUUUGGGCCCGCGAGGAUCCAGGCCCAAAAGUCCAUUAACGCUGCUGCAGUUGGUGGAUAUUGUGCGGGGCUCCGCUGCGCAGGGUAUUAUGACCAAAGGAUUGGACCGUUUGGAUAUUUAUAAGCUAGGUGCAAGCAUGAGCCGAGCCGAAACAGACUCCUUUGUGCGAAAACUGCUGCUGGACGACUGUCUGGAAGAAAUGCCAACAACAAUACAGAUCAAAACCGGACCGAUGGUCGUCUGCUAUCUCGGCUUAGGAAAAAACGCUGCCGAUUUAUUAGCAAACAAACGAAAGGUCGUGAUUCAUAUAGAAAAGCCCUCGACCAAACAAGACGUCACCGCAGGCGUACUAACGCCUGAGGAACAACUGAAUGAAGAGUGCGAGGCGGAAAUCAAACUUGCCAUGCAGGAACAGGCUACAAAACAUAAUUACAUGUCGUACAAAUACGUUCUUCCUGAUGGCGUCAUCACGGAUUUAGCGGCUAAUAUGCCGGUAACCGAGGAGGACAUGUUUUUGGUGGAAGGUAUGACGGACGCCAGAGCUACGUUAGCCGGACCCAGAUUGUUGGAGAUCCUGAAGGAUUUUGCCAAACGGCGCGCGGAGCUCCGUGAGCAGGCCAUUCGGACACCUGUUGCACCGACCAAAAGCGGAGCCAAACGGAGAAAUGAUCCGGCUGCGCCCAAACCCCGUCCCACCGUGUUCCUUAGCGAUGAUGAAGAGGAUGCGGAAAAUGAGGAGGAUAGAGAUGUCAUUCCGAUUGAUAGCGACGAGGAACACGCAGUGUCACCGUAUUUUGAUGGGAACUCGAAGAAACGCAUCAGUCAGAGCGAUGAUGAAGCCCCCAGCGCCAAAAAGCCCCGGAUGAGGAAAGCGCGGAAGCCCCGUGCACCGCGGAAACCCGGCAGUGGAUCGAAUAACUAUCAUAAUUUUAAAAAAUACGGAUGGAAAAAGAAAGCGGUUGCUGAGGGAGCAGGCAGUGGAGGUGCAUCGAAUGUCAAGUUUUGUGGACGGAAUGGGCAAGGCAGUCUGCAGAGGUCGGGAUUCAGUGGAACCAGUGGUGCGCCGGCGGUUUACAAUGAAAAUGCGCACCAGGUGUCAGGGGCAGGGAUGAAGAAGGGAGGUUUUCCGAAGGCGAAAAGCACCGGUGGCGCCAUCGGUAGAAUAGAUAACUGGAUGAUGCCGCCGCCGUAGAAUCAUAAUAGUCGUUGAUCUCGCGUGUGCCGUAUUUUCUGGAAAAUGCAUUUUACCGGAUUUGCUCAGUACCUUAAUAUUUUGAGGUACGGUUUUUGUUGACCUUUAUCUGCGAAAUAUUUGUGGCUUGGUUGUUUUUCGUAUUCUUCGCUCUUUUUUAUUUCUCUUUUUAAAUGUGUGCGAAUUAAACUGCAAUGAAAAACAUAAGAGAAAAAGCAAA